UUUUUCCAUUUGUGACCAAUGCUGAUCUCCUAAUGAAUGCGUCCCGAUCACUGUCUUAUCGGAAGACACCCGAGUCAUUUAGGAGCUGUCUGUCUUCGGAAAUUAUCUCAGAGGCAGUUAUUUGGUUUAUUUGCUCUGCUUUUGGGAUCCUUUAUCCAUUCACCUUUUAAGCAUUUUCACAGGGGGGAGACCAGACAAGCUCGGCCCCCGCAUCACGGUCAUGGAGGCAACUGAUGGCUAUCUAGCGAGUAACGGCGAGUGCUCUCCCAGGAAGGAGGGCAGCAGAAUGCAGGUGGACCUGUCACUCCACACACACAACGGGCAACAUUCCCAAAGUCCCACAUCUCCCGUCGAACAUAAGGUCAAACAGGAGGAGGAAACUGAAGAGGAGGCAGAGAGAAGAGUCAUAAGCCAAGAUGAGAUGGCCCAUAGCGGGGAAGAAGGCUCGGCAUUGGAAGAGCCCAUGAUUGACAGCCUGAACAACCUCCAGGAUGUCGGAGGAGGGGCUGAGCCACCGCCUGACGCUGCGAUACGGCUGCCUAAUGGUGAUCGUCCAUUCCAGUGCAGCCAGUGUGGCGUGUCCUUCACCCAAAAAGGAAACCUGCUGAGACACGUCAAGCUUCACACAGGCGAGAAACCCUUCAAGUGCCCGUUCUGCAGCUACGCCUGCCGCCGCCGUGACGCCCUCACCGGACACCUCCGCACACACUCUGUGGGUAAACCACACAAGUGUAACUACUGUGGGCGGAGCUACAAGCAGCGCACGUCAUUGGAGGAGCACAAAGAGAGGUGCCAUAAUUACCUGCAGAGCGGAGGCAUGGACUCCGCCCCUAAUCCGGGUCCGUAUUCAGCAGAGGUUCCUAAAGAGCCGAGAUCUCUGGGAGAGGUCCCCAACCUAGCGCCUUUCGAACGGCCACCCGUCAUCGAGCGACUGCAGGCUAACGUGGCCAAGAGGAAGAGCACCACGCCGCAAAAAUUUGUUGGAGAGAAGAUGAUGCGCUACUCCUACCCCGACCUGAACUUUGAUUUAGGCCUCAAGUACGAAAAGGAAGCAGAGAUCAUGCAGGCUCACAUGAUGGACCAGGCUCUCAGUAACUCCAUCUCUUAUAUGAACACAGAGACUCUGCGUCCCAUAAUAUCUCACCCGUCGUUGGCCAUGCCCGAGGUGGUGCCCAUGGUGAACCCCCUGUUCCACUCCGUCUACCCUCUCGGCCCGCGCCUGGAGCGGCCGAGCAGCCGCGAGUCUCUCCAUCUGCCCCACCAUCCGUCCCACCAACCGGAGUUUUCCACCCGCGCCAAUGGUGCAAUCGCACUCACGCGGCCCAAAACCUCCCAGGCAAUGCGAGGGGAGGUGCACGACGGGCGCGAUCGCUCUCCGAGCAACAGCGGGCACGAUUCGGCCGACUCGGCUCGCAGCAGCCCACGAGACAAACUCGUGAAUCAGACAAAUGCCGGCGUCAGGGCGGCGCUAGCACGGCCGGACGAGGGCGCCCAUCAGCCAGGCGGCAGAGACGGGAUCCGAGUGUUCGGCCCAGAAGGAAACGAGGUGCGAGUGUUCCAGUGUGAGCACUGCCGCGUCCUUUUUUUAGAUCACGUCAUGUACACCAUCCACAUGGGUUGCCAUGGCUACAGAGACCCCCUCGAGUGUAACAUCUGCGGCCAUUGCUGCAAAGAUCGCUACGAGUUCUCCUCGCACAUCGUCCGCGGAGUGCACACCUUUCGUUAAGGGGACUCGAUGGAGAUACGAGACACCGCGAUAUAUAAAUAUAUACACACACAUUAGCAAAUACGUAUAUGAAGGUUUUACUCCAGCAGGUUAUGAUUUUGAUUCUGAAGGCGAUAUAUUUGGGAGAGGGUUUUAGUUUAAACAUGUAGAUGAUGUGAAUGAAUCGAAUUUUUCUCUGCAUAGACAGACACUCACUCUUUUAUUACUGAUUUUUUUUUUUUUUUUUUACCUGCACCAUCCAAAAAAAACAGAGCAGCUAUAUUACCUUAAACGUCAUGAAGGGUUUUUUUUUGUGUGUGUGUGUGUGUAUGUGUGUGUGUGUGUGUGUGUGUGUGUGUGGGUUUGAUCUUUAGUGAGUCUUUUCUUGCUGUCAUUCCUGUCACUAAAGGACUUUAAGAGAUUUUAUAGAUGUCGCCAUAUGAGAGUAUCAGGAACAAAGUGCGCUUGCACACAAGGGACCUUCAGGGGAAUAGGGAAAAGACUAAUAAAUGUUUUUUUUUUUGUGCUGCUGUGUUUUCUCAGUGCCUUGCCGAUGUUUGGACUGUUAUGAUUUAGAGCUUGCCUUUUUUCCAUCAUCUUUAUAGACCAUGUCAUAUUAUUAUAGCCUUAGCAUUAGAUUUUUUUUUUUUUUUUUUAAAUUUUAUUUAUUUUUAUUUUUUGUUUUAUUUCACCAUGAGUACACAGGAUCACACUCUCCCCGUCAUGCUUGUGUACUACAACUACUACGCUUCCCAUGCUGGCAUUGUGAUGUAGCUUCGUAGCCACAUUAAUAAACCACCAAGCACCAAUUUAUGACAGGUUUCUUUCUUUCUUUCUCUUUCUUUCUUUCUUUCUUUCUUUCUUUCUUUCUUUCUUUCUUUCUUUCUUUCUUUCUUCCUUUCUGCAUUUGCGCACACUUUAACGAGCCUCUCCAUUGCGCCAGUAGCACGAUGUCUUAUCCGUUUGUCGGUGUAGCUUCUCUGUCACUAACCCACUCACUCAGCAGGUAACGAUCACAGCUCGCACUUUAUUACGCUGCUUUAUGAUGCUGGUUAUUACAGUACAAAAGCUCUAGGCUACAGAGCUGGGUAUUAGCUUGUUUUCUUACACCUCAGGAUUUUUUUUAAUUAACUUCUUACUUUUAAAUAAAAAAAAGCAGGUCUCUGUAAUAUUGUAGAUUUAGUUGAGAUAAAUCCGAUCCGCUGUUUGCAUGGACCUAAAAUUGGGCCUGAAACAGACCUGAAUACACCAGAGAAGCCUGUAAUGCGCUAAAAAUGAUUAAUAUUACAUAUAUGUUUUUUCAUUUUUUAAGUUUUAGCUCUUUAUCAUAUAGCACAUGCCCUCCUUGCAUUUCUCAGACCAAAUAUUAUACAUUCUUGACCCUGGAAAUCAAUUUUAAAAGCGAAAUCUUUAAUUAUGCCAUCUAAUCCGAUACCACAGCUUGGUUAAAUUCUCUAAUUUGAUUGGUCAGAUUUAAUUUCUAUAAAAGUUUAUCCUGUUACAUGACCAGUCAUUGUUUAUUAUUAUUAUUAUUAUUAUUAUUAUUAUUAUUAUUAUUAUUAUUAUUAUUAUUAUUAUUCAUUUUAAUAGUAAUAAUAAUAAUGUGCUUGUUGUGUUAAGUGAAAGCUCCUUAUUUUAACGGUUUUUUUUUUCAACAAUUGUGGAAUAAGUCAGAUGUUUCUCUCUAACAUGACAAGCCGCAUUUUUUUAAAAAGAGAUCUGAGAAAGGGAAACGAGCGUUUGUAGCUGCUAUAACGUGCCUCCUGGACGUUCCAGGUCAUUAAACGUUAGCAAACUGCUGUGUAGAGGAAUAAAACACUCCAGGAUGUGCUGUAAAGGGAAAUGAAUCAACUUUCUGGUAAUAAUAAACACCUUGUCAUUUAUUAUUUUCCUUGAACAGCAUGCCAUCAACGGUUUUAUUCCUUACUUCAUUGUCGUUUUGAAAUUUAGACAGAAUUAUCCAUCAGUGUUUCUGCUAAAAAGGUUUUGAUUUUUGAUUUUUUUCGUUACUCUUCUAAGCGUAGGAAAUCUACAGCCUGGAUACCUUGAACAAGUCUAGGCGGUCUAACACUUAUAGCCUUAUUGCUUCCUGUUUCUUUAGUGCUUCGAACAUUCUUUCUCACUUUGGGGUGUUUUUCCGUCUGCAUGGUGAUCAGUGUUAGCAUCAUGUUGCUUUUCACAUUUUCUCUCCUUUACCAAAUGGAUUAUGGGUAAAAACUGUGAAUGAUCUCGAGGCCGUGAGUCGUAGCACUGAUCGAACUUACACAUUCCUUUAAUUUUUUCUUCUUUUUUUUUUACAUAGAGCAGAGUUACGUGUGUAAUGUGCAGUUAAAAUGUUUUUUGUUUUUUUUUUGAACAAACACAAGUAUUGAAACUCAGAAAUGAAAUGACCAGUUGUAUGUAUUUUAUUGGAAUCAUCUUUUCUGUCCAUUUUGUGCACUGUAGCUUACCUGGAUAAUUGUAGAUUACUUGUAAAAAUGAAUCUGGAGAUUUGUUACAUAUCAUGAUGGCUUACUGUCUGGCUUGUGUUUUAAAAGAAAAUAUUAUGUAGGAAAAGAAAAAAAAAAAAGAACAAAAAAGGAUAUAAAAAUGGACCCAAAGAAGGAGGUGAAGGACGCAUCGACGUAAAGACUAUGUUUACAGUCACAAGCACACGAGUGUUCGUUUAUUAAAUCUACACUUUGGGAUCAGUGGAACGUACUUGAAGUUAAAUCAGUGGCACUCCGAGUCUUGCUUGUUUUUACAUUUAUGUGUAUGGGGUUUAACAUUACUGUAAAUAUAUAUAUUUUUGUGAAAGAAGUGUUUUUUUAAUGACUAUGGGCCUUACAAUCAGCAAAAACAAGGCCUUG